AUGGCCGACACCAUCGAGGAGAACGAAGGUAGAGGCGUGCGGGGAGCGCUGCGUGCCCGGGAUGGGUGCAGGCGGCCCGGGGGCGCACGUACCUGCGGGCGGUGGCAAACGGGUUGCAGACGUGUUGGUGCCUCGUGUGUUGCAGAGUACUACGCUGUGAUGCCACCCCUGGAGCGCUUCAUGGAGGUUCCCCAGGAAGACAGGAGAGAGCUCUUCUUUCGAGACAUCGAGCGCGGCGAUAUCGUGAUCGGGAGGAUCACUUCUAUCCGCGAAUUUGGCUUUUUCAUGGUGUUGAUUUGCCUGGGAAGCGGUGUCAUACGGGAGAUCGCAGAUAUAGAAAUCACUGCCCUUUGUCCCUUGAGAGAUGUGCCUUCUCAGAGCAACCAUGGAGAUCCUUUAUCAUAUUGUCAGGCUGGAGAUCUUAUUCAAGCUGCAGUCAAGGAUGUUGAUCGUUACCAUCAGAAGCUCACGGUAUCGCUUUACAGCUCGGCUCUUCCACCCAGUCUUUGUAGUACAAAACUGGGAGUAAUUACCUCUGAUGAUUUUCCAUUACAUUACAGGCGAAGCUUGGAAGUUGCCAAUUCGUUAGAGACAUAUGAAGAGGUUUUGCAUCGAUCUCCGGGAUUUGCUAAUCCAUCAGUAGUUGAAUAUUUAGCAGAAAAACUAGGAUUAAGUGAAACAAACCCACCAUCUUUGAUGAGAGGUCUUCAAAUGAAAAAUUUCAGUGAAGAAGAUUUUGCACCUGCAUUGAGGAAAAGACAGUCUGAAUCUUGGGCUUUGAAAUGUGUGAAGGCUGGAGUUGAUUAUUUUAAGGUUGGGCGCCAUGUGGAAGCUAUGAAUGAGUACAACAAGGCCUUGGAAAUCGAUGCCCAGAAUGUGGAAGCUUUGGUAGCCCGCGGAGCUCUGUAUGCAACCAAAGGAAGUCUAAAUAAAGCCAUAGAUGAUUUUGAAAUUGCAUUAGAAAACUGUCCCACCCACAGAAAUGCAAGAAAAUACCUCUGUCAGACACUUGUGGAGAGAGGCGGACAGUUGGAAGAGGAGGAGAAACUAGUAAAUGCUGAGGGUUACUAUAAAAAAGCCUUAAGUUUGGAUGAGACUUUCCAGGAAGCAGAAGAGGCCUUAGUGAAGCUCCGUAAGCACAUGCAGAAAUCUUUGGAAAUGAGGGAGAAGCAAGCUGCAAAAGAAGAGAGACAGAAAGAAAAGAAAGUAGAAACAAGUGCAGAAAAAUUGCGUAAGCUCUUAAAAGAAGAGAAAAGGUUGAAAAAGAAAAGGAAAAGAUCAACUUCCUCCUCCUCUUCCUCAUCCUCUUCCUCCUCCUCCUCAUCCUCAAGCGACUCUUCAUCAGAUGUAUCAGUUUCUUCCUCUUCUUCCUCUUCUGAUCACAAAAAACGCAAGAAAAAGCAUCGAAGUAAAUCUGAGUCUUCCCGCAGCUCCAAAAAGCACUCAUCUAGAUCUUCACAUUACAAAGAUCAGGCUAGGAAAGAGGAGUGGUAUUCGCCUCCAGCUGAUACCUCUGCUUCCUUCCUUAACCAAAGGUUUGAAGUGGAAAAACUGCUGGAAAGGCAGGACAGCUUAGUGUAUCCGAAAACAGAGGUAAGAGAGAGAGAAAGACACUGUUCUCUAUCGAGGACUUCAGCUGAGGAUGAAGACACUUUCGGAGGUAGGUCUGAAGAUUCAAGAGAUUACUAUAGUAGCUCCAGAACUCAGGCAAGUACUAGCAAAUUUGAAAAAUAUGAUAAAACAGACAGAUUUUUCUCCAGUAGGAGGAGUUCAUCAGGUUUUUAUUAUAAGACAGAUGAUAAACCUAAGAUGCAUUAUUUUAGGAAAUUAGACAGGGAAUUAGAGGGGAAAAGGGAACCAUUUAGAAGAUAUGGCUCAGGUCAAGACAGGUAUUAUGCAUCUCCAGCAGGGUCUGAGUAUUCUGGCAAGUCAGUGGGAAGAUACAAAUCGUAUUCUAGCACUUGUUUACAUGAAAGUAAUAAAAGCUAUGAUAGUGAUAGGCAUAAAGAUGAAAGGAGAGAGUAUAAACAUAGAGAAAGAAGUGAUGAGGAGACUGAGGAGACUAGUAGCACAGCAAAGGAAGUGGACGAGGAAACUGCUCUAAGUGGUCAAGAACAAUCAGAAAGUGGCGUUAAAAGAAACCUGCCCCAGAACUUGCUUAAAAUAUUCAAUCAAAUUGCUGAAUUUGAGAGGGAAAAAGGAAGUAAGCAGAAGAACCAGCAAAAUACCUAA